AUGAAGCUGUUCCCACUACUUCCCAAACGUGUAUUUACGGAACGCAUUCGUCGAGCUCGAUCGUUUACCGGUUUGAAUCAACGAUUACGUGAUACCGUCGGUCAGCAACAACAACAACAACAACAACAACAACCUUUCAGUGCGGAUGGGAUGCGGCGUAUGGGGUUACCGGAACGUCUGUUUCGUCUACAACGUUCGUCGUCCGAACGUGUUCGUCACUCUAGACCCGGUUCGUGGUUAAAUCUGUGGGACAAAGCGGACUCGGCUGGGGGUACGAAUAAUUUGGAUGUGAUCAAUAGACAAUUUUUCCCCUCACGAACUCCGUCAAUCAAUCAACCGCCAUGCUCAGUCGGGAAUACAGUGUUCACUGGAAAUGAGGCGAUACGGGACGUAUUCAAACUAUUAGGUGGUCGAGCCAAGUCGCUCCCGUCCGAUUAUCCGGAAGUCUUUCGUUGGAUUUCCCGUUGGGCUUUGACCAGUGACUCGCUUUUGUAUUACACACUGGGACAUGUGACAGUGGACACGCGGUCGGUGGGUUCGCAGACCCGGGUCGGACCGACGACAUGCGACAGUUGGGGCGUGACCAAUGUGGCGGGCUACGGUAUUGCAUGUCAGGACAACAGGAUAAUUCGCUUCGAACGGAAACACAACAUCCCAGCUCAGGCGUGUACAGAUCUUCCAAGCCACGUGGACGUGAAAAAUCACUGUGAAUUCCUUAUUCGUCAGUUGAAACGCUUCAAUCCACUACAAGAUCAACCGGUCUGUGAAACACUCCCCUGCCCGGGCCCGAACCAAUCCCAACCGGUAUUUGUCGAACGUUGGCAAGAGCAUGGGAAUAAUGUGAUUUUUCUCCUAUCCACCGGUGGGUGGCAAGUGAAUUUUCACAACCAUUCCAAACUGAUUGUGCAUUAUCCGCACAUUUUGCUUGCGUGUGAUGCCAGACGUCAGUCUAAGGAACCGGGCUACGCCAGUUCGAUCGAGCUAUCCACGGAGAAUUUGGAAAUGGAAUUUGAUCGUUGGCUAGAUCGACAUCCGCAACUGGAUCAUAUUCUACAAAUUUUGUUGUUUAUGCUUUUAUAA